AAGAGCGGGCAGUUUGGUGAGCCCGAAAAACGCUGCUCUGUCGACAUGUCCGCGAGCGGCCGGCGCCGUCGCGGCGCCCUUAACAGUGGCUUCACAAUGGAUGAGACAGUUGCUGAGUAUAUUAGAAGGACUGUGCUGAAAAUCCCACGCCAUGAAAUCAUGGAAAUGCUAACGAUGUGGGAAUUCCUCUCCAAGACGCAGCUGCAAACCAUUAACGUCCAUCAGAUAAAGGAAAAAAUUUCCCAAGAAGUGGUGGAGCUUUGUGAGGAAAACUCUGCAAGUAUCAAGCAAGCAGCCAUCCUAGACAUGAUUUACAACCACACCUAUCGGAACAAGAAAGUUUGGACUGUUUACCAAAUGACCAAAGCAGCGGGUGAAGAAACUGACUCUUUUAACUUGGCAGAUUUCAAAUACAAAUUUAAGAGAAGUCUUCGGUCAGCUCUGAAAAAUGUGACUAUCAACUUCAGAGAAUAUGAGGAUAAUGCAAUAUGGAUUCGAAUUGCUUGGGGAACACAGUAUACAAAACCAAACCAGUACAAAGCUACUUAUGUCGUGUAUCACUCGCAAACGCCCUAUGUCUUCAUUUCCAGUCUUAGGAGCAGCCUGCCUCUGCUUUGUCAGGCACUGGUUCAUGCUUCCAGUUACCAUGACAUCCAUGAAAUGGAGCUCCGAAGCCGUUGUAUAGACUCCCUUAAAGAUAUUGUGUUCAAGAGGUAUAGCCAGACUUUCCAAACAUAUCACCCAAGACCUCUACAAGAAAGAAAUGUUGCUCCAGAAAAAGUGGAUCCGAGAAUAAUUCAAGAAAAUAAAAGGGAAAAAGAGAGAAUUCAGCGUGUGAAUCAGGAGGUCUUUGGUGAGGGUCUCCAACCAAAAAUAGAAUUUGCACAAUAUAAGCUUGAAACAAUGUUUAAAGGUGAACCUGAAAUGGACAUUCUGACUGAAAAAGAACCAUUCAGAUGUGUAGUCAAAUUUUCCAGUCCCCAUCUUUUAGAAGCAUUGAAAUCCUUAGCACCAGCAGGUAUGGCUGAUGCACCUCUUUCACCAUUACUUACAUGCAUACCACAAAAAGCCAGGAACUAUUUUAAAAUUAAAGAGCGAAAAGGCAUACUUUCAGCAAGCUGUCUAGGCCCCUGACUUGUUUUUUACUGCAAAGAAUCAUUCGCAAAGAAUUGUAUAUAUAAUGUAUUUAACUACCAUGUUUAAUCAAAAGAGAAAUUUCAGAACCAUUUUUAAAACUAAUUUAUUCUUUGUUAAUCCCUUGUAUCAUUUUAAAUGAUAGUACUACCUUAAAUGUAAACUUUCUCCCUAUUGUUCAUUUUUAACAUGGGUUAGCCAAUGAGAUUGACUAAUGGCCUGUCAUCUAGCAGAUAGUUGAAUUUACUGUUUCAGCUAAUUAAACUAGGUCAUUGAAGUUCUUCUGUGGAUCAUAAUGUAUUUGGUGGAUGCACACAAAUUAGGGAACAGAUCUAAUCAGAAUGCAAUAAGUUAAGUAAUGUGGCAGAUUAGCAUUCUUUCACUGUACUAGCACCACUUAAUAAAACAGUUAAAUCUGUCGUCUCUGAUGCUAGAUAUUAAUUCUGAGUGAGAAUGUCAGGAGACCAAUAUACACUACUUGGAAAACUAACAUUCUAGCCUUACCUUGAUGAUUUCAUUUUCAACAGAAGACUUCCUUCCUAUGACAAUAUUCUAUUGUCAUGACUUCAUUGAUAGUGAGAUGCAUUUUUAAUGAGGUUUUAUUUUUUAAUGAGGUUUUGGGUUUCUGAUUCACUAGCAAAAGUUGGUAUCAGACAUUUGGUGCAUAUUUUUCAUAUCCUUAAAAUAGUGCUAAAUGUCUAAAACAGAUGUGAUACUUAAUGUACAAUAGGUUUUUAAUUAUUUAUUUUUAUCAAAAGACUGAGUAACUAGGUAGCUAAACAAUUAAAGAUAGUUACUUAAGUUUCCCCAUAAGAGUAAAAGACACUGAACCUUUCUGUUGAAGCAAAUUACAUUUUAGGAGUAAAUUAUAAAGAAGUAACACUCUUGAGAUUAAGGGCCUACAAAAUGCAUCAUUAGGGCUGUGCACAUAUCCCUAGUUAUUACAAAAUUUUUAAUCUAGUUGGUAAGGGAAAAAAAUUCUGACCACUAAGUGUGAGUUGCUGUUCAUGAUGUGUGUGUGAAAUAAGUUAGACGUGAGAGAUGCAAAACUCAAGUUAUAUACACUUACCUGAUAACAAAUACUAAC